GCUGACGUCGGACGCCGCCGCGGCGCGCUCUGCAGACUCCGGGUCGCCGCUCCGCCGGGACGCGUUGGGCCGGGGCGCGCGGUGCUUGGCUGCGGUGCUGACACUCAUGAGGAGCCGGAAGCUCACAGGUGCAGUGCGGUCUUCAGCGCGCUUAAAAGCACGAAGUUGUUCGGCAGCCAGGUUGGCCUCUGCCCAGGAAGUCGCUGGUUCCACGUCUGCCAAGACAGCAUGUCUGGUGAGCCCUGUUACCAUGGAGAACGCCAAGAUCCUGACUCGAGGGUCCAUUUUUAUACAAAAUCGCCACUCCAAGAUGUGUUGCUUUAGAAAAAUAUCGAAUGUUACUUGUCUGCCAGAGGGGGACUAUUUCAGAUGAAAAGACUUCCUCAUCCCACAAAGCCACGGACAGGCGAAUGUCCAAGAAGUUCAAAUGUGACAAAGGACAUCUUGUAAAGUCAGAAUUACAGAAGCUUGUCCCUAAGAAUGACAGCGCUUCUUUGCCAAAAGUGACACCUGAGACCCCUUGUGAAAAUGAGUUUGCUGAAGGCAGUGCCUUGCUUCCAGGCAGCAAGGCUGGCGUUUCUGUACAGCAGGGGGCUGCAAGUCUUCCCCUCGGUGGCUGCAGAGUUGUGAGUGACUCUCGCUUAGCAAAGACUAAAGAUGGCCUGUCUGUGCCGAAACACAGUGCCGGGUCCGGAGCAGAAGAAUCCAACAGCAGCUCCACUGUGCAGAAGCAGAAUGAGCCAGGGCUAGAGACAGAGGACGUGCAGAAGCCACCACUUCAGAUGGACAACAGCAUCUUUCUAGAUGACGACAGCAAUCAGCCAAUGCCUGUGAGCCGGUUCUUUGGAAACGUUGAGCUCAUGCAGGACCUCCCUCCUGCGUCUUCAUCUUGUCCUUCAAUGAGCAGACGAGAGUUCAGAAAAAUGCAUUUCAGAGCCAAAGAUGAUGAUGAUGACGAUGAUGAUGAUGAUGCAGAAAUGUAGAGGCCAUACAAAAUGAUGUCCUUGAGUAUUUAGUACCAUUAACAAUUUGGCAAUUUAGCACAUUACAAGAUUUAUAUAAAAUGUAUCUCCAAGAGAAUGUCUUAAUCAAACUUCAGAACUGACCCAUCAAAGUCAAUAGUGCAAAGCACCCAAUACCUGUGGAGGAUGUACUCAUGGGAACUAAAAUUCAAACCGUCUUUGAGGUUGCAAAGCUGCUGUACUGUGCCAAUGUCCUUUCUUUUUUUUUUUUUUUUUUUUCCGUGGAGACAGAGUUUCUCUCUUGUCGCCCAGGCUGGAGUGCAAUGGCGCAAUCUCGGCUCACUACAACCUCCACUUCCUGGGUUCAAGUGAUUCUCCUGCCUCAGCCUCCUGAGUAGCUGGGAUUACAGGCGUGCGCCACCAUGCCCAGCUAGUUUUUGUAUUAUUAGUAGACACGGGGUUUCUCCAUGUUGGCCAGGCUGGUCUCAAACUCCUGACCUCUUGAUCCGCCCGCCUCAGCCUCCCAAAGUACUGGGAUUACAGGCGUGAGCCACCAUGCCUGGCCAGUGUCCUUUCUUAUACACGUAUAUACAUGAUGAUGGCUUGAGUCAGCUGCAGGGCAGUGGGCUUAAUGAGAGGGAUCUUUGUAAAGAUAGCUCUUCACUUCAGCUCAGUAGCUUUGGUCAUAGGCAAGUUUGUUUUCCAUUAUCAUAAUUUGAUCAUUCUUGUGAUGAAUUCAAUGCUAGUUCUUAAAGAACUCUUUUAUUUCUGUAUGCAGAGCUAAUGUUUACCUUGGAAAUUUUGCAAAAUACAUGUAAGGAAGAAAUAAAAUAUAUUUUGAAAAUA